AUGUCUCUGUACAGACUCGCAGUUCCUCGAGACCGCAAUUGGCUGCUACGGCCUGCAAUGCACCGUCAAGCAAACCCUAUGUACACCACUACAAUCCGAACCCAUCUGGCUAUAUCCCACACCAAACCUACUCUAGCUAAUACCCAACUAGCCUCGACCAACGCGACCCGAGCAGCGUGCGGAAUCCCUGAAGAGAGCAAUGCAGGUCUGACGCCUGCACUGGCGGGGUCCCUGGGCAUGCUCGCAGUAAUCAUGGUCGGCCUGCGAGUGAUCCAGCGGACUGUGACCAGGAAGGUGUUUGGAUGGGAUGAUGUCUUGAUUAUCUUUGCCCUGGUCUGCGCUAUACCCUUGAACGCCAUGGCCUUUCCCCUGCAAAAGAACGGCCUCGGCACCAAUCUCUGGACGAUCCCCUUUGACAACAUAUCCACCCAGCUAAAGCUCCUCCUCGUCGCCGAAGUCUUCUACAUGCCCGCCGAAGCCCUAACCCAACUCUCCUUCCUCGCCUUCUACACCCGCAUCUUCCCGCCAUCCUAUAAUCUCAAGCCCGCCAUUAUCAUCCUAGCAGGCACCUCCGUCGCAUUCGGCAUCUCUAAUACACUUAUCAUGAUCUUCCAAUGCACACCUGUCUCCUACUUCUGGCAGUCCUGGACAGGCGAGGCUUCGGGUUCGUGCAUUGAUAUCAGCGCCUACUCGUGGUACCGCGCGGCCAUGCAAAUCGUGAUGGAUCUGAGUAUCAUCAGUUUGCCGAUCAGGCCGGUGUGGAAACUCGCCCUGUCGACGAGGAAGAAAGUUUUGGUGCUGGUUAUGUUUUGUACGGGGUUCUUGAUCACAGUAGUAAGCUGUCUCCGUCUUCGCUCGCUAAUCAAGUUCUCCAAAUCCGCCAAUAUAAGCAUGGACAACAACCCGGCCAUCUACUGGAGCAUGGUCGAAUGCGACGUGGCAAUCGUCUGCGCCUGCAUGCCGAGUAUUCCGGCGCUUUUGAAGGCCAUCUUCCCACGCUGCUAUGGAGACACAACACACCAGAGCGAUGAGGAUGAGGCACGAAAUGCCCGCCCUGUACCGCUGGGACAGAUUCACAAGCAGUCCGAAUUUAUGAUCCUGACGACGAGUCAGAGUCAGGAUCAGCUGGUUCGAUAG